AGAGGAGCUCUGCUCCAGUUGCGUUUCACUACGACUUGAUAUAGUCUUCGCACAUGACACAGAACGGAGAAGAAGAGCUUUCCACAUGCACGCGUACAGUAUCACGAUCAGAUGACACUAACACGUGUUGUCAUAUCUCGCUGGCUCCAGUCCAAAAUUAAUCCAGGAUUACACUUUAACACAGAGAGAACUCAAUGACUAAUAAACGCAGCUGACGGAGGCUGCAAUUGCCGAGGACUUUUGGAGAAAAGACAAUCAGCGGACUACAGAAGGCAACGGGAGACGCAGACGAGAUCCGAAACAAAAUCUAAAUAAUGAGGUCCAAAGGAGCGUUUGUGUUUGUGCUGCUGGGCGCGUUAACGGCGUAUUACGUUUAUUCACCAAUCCCGAAUAACAUAGAGGAGAGAUAUAAACUAAUGAUCACUGACUCUUUCUUCAGGAGUUUAAUCCAGUUGGCAGAACUGAGCGAGCGCAUGGGACUGUUGCACUACAUGAAAGUUAUGAUGUUCGUCACCAUUGCAGAGCGAGUAGUGCCCGUGUCGGACGAGAGGGUGCUCGUGUCCGAUGAGAGUUUUGAUGGGGUGGAGGUGAUCGUCUACCAGCCGAGCCAGCCAGAAGAAUCAGGAGAGCUACGAAGAGCCAUCAUUUACCUGCACGGAGGAGGAUGGUGUCUGGGCAGCUCUCGUAUGGGCCCAUACGAUCUACUAGCCAGACACAUGGUUACAGAGCUCAACGCCGUUAUUGUAUCUGUAGAGUACCGUCUCGCCCCAGCUUACCAUUUUCCUGCCCAGUUUGAGGAUGUGUACCGCGUGGUGAAGUUCAUCUUUCGUGUUGAUGUUCUGAAGGGCUACCAAAUCAAUCCAGAACGGGUUGCUGUGUCUGGAGACAGUGCAGGAGGCAACCUUGCAGCUGCAGUGGCUCAGCAGUUGCAGAAGGACCCAGAACAGCAUAUCCAGCUAAAGGCCCAAGCUCUGAUCUACCCUGUCCUGCAGGCCUUGGAUCUGAACACUCCCUCCUACCAGCAGAACCAGAACAUGCCUAUACUGCCCCGCACACUGAUGGUGAGGUUUUGGAGCGAGUACUUCACCAGCGACAAGUCGUUUUUGAGAGCCAUGAUGGCAAACAGACACAAUAACCACGAAUCAGCGGCUUUGCUGAAGUUUGUCAAUUGGAGUUCAUAUUUACCCGAUUCAUAUCGCCAGACAUACAACUACAGUGCUCCACCGGUGGUCACCGGAAAGAGUUCAGUGCACUCUAUUGGUCCUCAUCACUUGCUUGCAGAUCCACGAGCCUCUCCAUUGCUGGUUCCUGACACAGCCUUGCGUUUACUGCCUAAGGCGUACGUGUUGACCUGCGAAUACGAUGUACUGCGGGAUGACGGCUUGAUGUAUGUCACGCGUUUGCGCAAUGCUGGAGUCGAUGUUACACAUGAACAUUACCCUGGUGGAUUUCAUGGUGCACUAAUGUUCAUUACAUGGCCCACAGACUUUGAUAUUGGACACAGAAUGAUGGACAACUAUGUAUCAUGGCUUAAGCAAAAUCUUUAAAAUGAAUGUAGAACGCAACAGUGCUUUAUGCAUCAGUUUUGGCUGACUGGUUCAUAUAUUUUUUGUCUUAUUUAUUUCAUUUUUUUUUCUGUUGUUUACAGUGCACCACUUUUUUAUCUUAAAAAGGGCACACUUUUGAUUGUAUUAAUCCAAUAUGGUAGAAACAUUCCUAUUAUGACCAAACCUGGUCCUAAAAAACACUGGUCUGUAUUAUUUCCAAUCUGUUAACUAUGUAUGUGUAACUAAUGAAGGCAUUCAACAUGUUAACAUGACACUAAUAGUGUUUUAUUUUUUAUUUUAUGACUAUUAAUAUUAUAGCCUAUUGCAAUUAUCACUGACUGCUUGAUGUUUUGAGAGGUUUGGUUUGAUAUGCAGUAAAAUGUCUGAUGAAUUUCUGGAUUCACUGAAUUCUUAUCUUAAAUGGUCAGAAGAUAAGAUCUAAGUAAGAUCAAGUCUUGCUUCUGAGAACUGAGAAAUGGCAUGACACUUCUCUUGCUCUUCCUAAACAAAUUAAAGUGACCUCACUGAAGGAUGAAAAAAAAUGGUAUGGAGCAAUCACUUUCAGUACCAUGAUGGGAAACAAACACAAUAUCCCUGAAUAAGUUGCUUUUUUAUGCACAGAUCAAUGAACAAGAAGUUCAGCGGGGAAUUGGACAUUUGGUUAGUCUGUUUCUUCACCAGUUAAAAUAAUCCCAAACGAAAUGAAACAUCAAGCAUUGUAUGUUGCAAAGCAGCUCAUGGUACAGACAAAAUAAAGAAUUAAAAUGAA